AUCCUCCGUCACUCAGGUGGAGCUUCUCCACAGGUGAACGAGUCUCACUUCAGCUGCAGCAUCGACCCUGCACCUAAAACUGAAACAUGGCCAGAUUUUUUAAACGUGAAACUAAUAAACGAUCUGAUGAAGAGCUGAGGAUUGUGAUGGUGGGGAAGACAGGAAGUGGGAAAAGCGCCACAGGAAACGUCAUUCUUGGACGUCAGCGCUUUAGGUCAGAGUUCUCUCCUACAUCUUUGACUGAAAAGUGUGCAAAAGGCAGAUCUUCAGUGGAUGAACAAAAGGUUGUUGUUGUUGACACCCCAGGCCUGUUUGACACUAAAUUUGAUGAAGAGACAACAAAGAGAGACAUAAGCCAGUGCAUCGCUUAUUCUUCUCCUGGACCCCACGUCUUCCUGAUCGUCAUCAGACUGGGUAGAUUCACAGAAGAAGAAAAGCAGGCAGUGCAGAAGAUUCAAGAAAUAUUUGGUGAGGCUGCAGACAGAUACAGCAUGGUCCUCUUCACUCAUGGAGACCUUCUUCAUAACACUACCAUUGAGAAGUUCAUAAAUCGCAGCCCAGACCUUCAGGAACUUGUAGACAGAUGUAACGGUCAGUACCACGUCUUCAAUAAUACGCUGGAGGAUCGUCGUCAGGUCACUGAGCUGCUUCAGAAGAUCAGAGAUAUCGUCCAGAAGAACGGAGGAAGCCACUACACCAAUGAGAUGUUCCAAGAGGCAGAAAAGAUACUUCAGGAAAGACAACAAGAAAUCCUGAAAGAGAAAGAGGAGGAAAUACGCAGAGAGAUUGAGGAACUGAAGAAGAGACUACGAGCUGAAUUAAAAGAAAAGGUGAAUUUUACUACACAACUCCAGGCUGAAAGAGAGGAAGAGAUGAAGGAGAGAGAACAGGAAAAACAGGAAAUGAAUGUAAUGUUGAAUGAGCUGAAAAAGGAUGGGGAGAGGUGGAUUGCAGAGAGGGUGGAGAUGGAAAUUGCAAAGGAAAGAGAGAAGCAGAACAGAGAAGAACAAUGCAGAGUUCAAAUGCAGAAUAUGAUGAUCUGGUUUACAGAGGAGACAGACAACUGUGCAGUGGAGAGGCUGGGAAUACAGAAUCAAAGGCAAAGCAUGGCGAUAGAAAGGCAGAGAAUGAAGCUGGAGGAGGUGGGAGUGAGGAGAAAAGAGGAGGAGAUGAAGGAGAUGGAAAGAAAAGAGAGGAUGAGAAAAGAGAGAGUGAGAAAAGAGAGGAUGAGGAAGGAGAUGGAAACUAAAGACUGGAUGAGGGAGAUGGAGAGAGAAGAGAGGAUGAGGGAGAUGGAGAGAGAUGGAGAGGAUGAGGGAGAAGGAGAUGUUCAGGUAUGUAAAACUAAUAAACGAUCUGAUGAAGAGCUGAUGAUUGUGAUGGUGGGGAAGACAGGAAGUGGGAAAAGCGCCACAGGAAACGUCAUUCUUGGACGUCAGUGCUUUGAAUCAGAGUGUUCUCCUACAUCUUUGACUGAGGAGUGUUCAAAGGGCAGAGCUACAGUGAACAAACAAAAGGUUGUUGUUGUUGACACCCCAGGUCUGUUUGACACUAAAUGUGAUGAAGACACAACAAAGAGACACAUAAGCCAGUGCAUCGCUUAUUCUUCUCCUGGACCCCACGUCUUCCUGAUCGUCAUCAGACUGGGUAGAUUCACAGAAGAAGAAAAGCAGACAGUGCAGAAGAUUCAAGAAAUAUUUGGUGAGGCUGCAGACAGAUACAGCAUGGUCCUCUUCACUCAUGGAGACCUUCUUCAUAACACUACCAUUGAGAAGUUCAUAAAUCGCAGCCCAGACCUUCAGGAACUUGUAGACAGAUGUAACGGUCAGUACCACGUCUUCAAUAAUACGCUGGAGGAUCGUCGUCAGGUCACUGAGCUGCUUCAGAAGAUCAGAGAUAUCGUCCAGAAGAAUGGAGGAAGCCACUACACCAAUGAGAUGUUCCAAGAGGCAGAAAAGAUACUUCAGGAAAGACAACAAGAAAUCCUGAAAGAGAAAGAGGAGGAAAUAUGCAGAGAGAAAGAAGAACUGGAGAAGAAACUACGAGCUGAAUUAAAAGAAAAGAUGAAGAUUUUUACUGCACAACUCCAGGCUGAAAGAGAGGAAGAGAGAAAGGAGAGAAAGAAGGAAAAACUGGAAAUGAAUGUAAUGUUGAAUGAGUUGAAAAGGGAUGGGGAGAGGUGGAUUGCAGAGAGGGUGGAGAUGGAGGUUGCAAAGGAAAGAGAGAAGUAUAACAUGCAAGUGAUGGUGAGGGAGGGAGAGGAGCAAUGCAGACUGCAAAUGCAGAAUAUGUUGAUGUGGUUUAAAGAGAGAGACAACUGUGCAAUGGAGAGGCUGGGAAUGGAAAGGCAGAAAGCUAGGAUGGAGGAGGAGAGGAGGGAGAUGGAUAGAAAAGAGAGGAUGAGAGAGAUGGAGUUGGAGAAAGCCAAGUGGGAAAUGGAACGUAAAGAAGCAGAGAGAAAAGCAGAAGAUAGACAAAGGAAGAUGAUGGAAUGUUUGAAGGUGCAGUUCGAAAGAGAUCUGAGAGAACAGAAAAAAGAGUUGGAGGAAAAGAUUCAAAGAAAAGCAAGAGAGAAAGCUGAAAAGCAGAGUCCAGGUUUCUUCAGUAGAGUAUUGGGUUUUGUUGGGAAACUAUUUAAAUAGUGUAGAAACACAAUGCAAUACAUAGUUAUCUUGUCAUGAGUUGAUUGUGUGAAGCUGUGUUUUUAACCUGCUUAUGCUUUGACACGUUUAACCUGCUCAUGAUUGAUUGAUAAUUAGAUCACUGAUUUAUAAUUUCUCAGCAAUAAACUGGCUCCUUUAAUUGGUUUAUCAGUUCAUGGAUGAUGUGAAUGUAUUUACAUUGUGUUGUGCCAUUUGAAUGUUCACAUUUAUGAUAUCAAGUAAAAUCAUUAUUUCCCUCA